AUGUCUCUUCUCGAGCGAGCUUUCUCCUUCUUGAAUUGCACUUGUUGCGGAAAGUUCUUCGGCUACAACGCGAAGGUGCUCUCCUGUGAGAAUCGGCGGAAUCGCAACUGCUUCGAUCACGAGGCCGUUUGUGGAAAGUGCAUGCACGAUCAUGCCGAAUCGAUCCACGUCAUCGACAAGCAGCGCUACAUCACCGAAUUCGUCGCUCGUCGUCACGACAUUGAGGAAAAGAUCCGUGAUUUCACCAACAAGAUGGAGACAAAAUUCUUUGAUGGAUCGAUUGGUCCUUUGAUGGAUCGAUCGAUUGUGAUGGCUGAGGCAGAGGCGAGCAAGGCGAAAUCUGCGGACUUUGCUGAGGUUGCUGAGCGGAGGAAAGCCGAACUGCUGCAACUUCGUUCUGUCUACAAUGGUUCUUUUGGGCUGAAAGUUGCUCAGCCGAAGUCGCUUUCGGGAACUUCUACCACAAGUGUUGCUGUUGAAUCGGUUCUCGAGAAAGAAGUGGUCGCUGAGGAGCCAAAGAAGCUUGAUUUCCCUGGAAUUGAUCUGAAGCCUCAAGAGGAGGAAGGAAAGCAACAGCAAAUGCAAGCGUAUCAGUCUGCUCGACUUCAACCCGACAAGACGGCCCAAUCGACAUUAUCACUCAACCCAAUCCCGCCCGGCGACAUCAUCACUCAACCCAACGCGAAGGUCGUUUUCAACGCCCCCUACGACGACAAGCACACCUACCACAUCAAGGUGAUCAAUGCUAGCAGUCGUCGUAUCGGCUGGGCCUUCAAGAUCACCAACAUGAAGCGACUUGGAGUCGACCUACCAUGCGGUGUUUUGGACCCAAAGGAGGGUGUCCUUGUUGCCGUCUCAUGCGAUGCCUUUGCCUUCGGUCAUGAAGAGACCAACAACGACCGCAUCAUAAUCGAAUGGACCAACACCCCCGACGGUGCCGCCAAGCAAUUUCGCCGUGAAUGGUUCCAAGGAGGUGGAAUGGUCCGCCGCAAGAAUUUCCCCAUUGAGUACAACCCU